AUGGCAGUGAAGGGUGGGUUCGGCGCCAGGAAUCCCGACGUCGGCAAAAAGAGGCACACGUUUCACUGCCAAUCGACCACCACCUCCCGCGGCCAUGCAGCAAACAGUGAGGCUGCCAAUAUGCUGGAAGACCUGGCCAAGCUGUGCGCCGUCCGUGGCGGCGACGGGAGCGUUUUCAAAGAGAGAGGUUUCAAGAACGCCGCCGGGGUGCUCAGGAGGCUUGGGGUGCAAAUCACCAACAUCCAGCAGCUCAAGGACUUGAGGAAACACGAGCCCCAGCGUGUCAGGGGUCUCGGGGAUAGCGUGAUGAAGGAGCUCUCGACCUUCUACGAGGAGGGCAGGAUGCAUCGCCUUGACGGGCUGGAGGCGGACCCCAAGCUCAAGUGUCUCAAGAUCCUCCAGGAGGUCGGCUGGGUGGGCGCCGUCAAGGCGCAGCAGCUGUACGACAAGGGCGUGCGCUCGAUCGAAGACCUCAGGACCAAGGGGCUGCACCUUCUAAGCGAGCAGGCACAGAUCUGCCUCAGCAGGCACGAGGACAUAAUGCAGCGCAUGCCGCGGUCCGAGGCCGCGGAGAUUGAAGCGGUGGUAACGAAGGUUGCCCAGAGCAUCUGCCCGGGAGUCAUCUGCCAGGCGUGUGGAAGCUACCGAAGGGGGAAAAGCCACUGCGGAGAUGUGGACGUGCUCAUUCGCCCUCCCGAGGGACAAGAGGACUCCCCCAUGUUUGACGACCUGAUCAAGAGGCUGGUGGAAACGGGUUUCAUCACGGACAAGCUCACCCUCGCCGGAGGUCCCCACAGGCCGGGGAAGUCGCAGUCCUUCAUGGGCAUCUGCAAGCUGCCCGGCACGGGGAGGCUCCACCGCAGGGUGGACAUCAAGUUCUAUCCCACAUCGUUGUUCGCGUUCGCGGUGCUGUACUUCACCGGGUCGAGCCACUUCAACAGGAGCAUGCGCAGCUUCGCCAAGAUCAAGGGGCUCAAGCUUAGCGACAAGGGGCUGUGCAGGGUCAACACGGUCAACGGCGAGGAGGUGCACAGGUUCCCGAGCUACAGCUGCCUCCGAGAAGAAGAUGUAUUCACUGCCCUGGGGCUAGAGUGGAGGGAGCCAAAAGAUAGGGACGGAGUCCAGGUGCAAGCCUUCUGCAGCAAGGGAGAAGGAGGAGCGACGGAGCUGUCGGGACGGGUGGUUCCGGUGACGCUCGAGCAGGAACAGCAGCACCAGGCGCUUCUGGAGCAGGAGAGGUUAGAGGCGAGCGACUACGAGGACGCGGAGCUGCAGCAGCAGGAGUAAAUAUUAAUAUUACACCACAAGACGGAGGCGCACUUCCACAAGAAGAUCCGCCAAUCGAUCCACCGCCGUAGCAAGGGUGGCUCUGACCCGGGGAUGGGUCGACCGCAGCCGUGGCGGCAGUUGCGGUGGUGGAGAAGGAUGUGCAGGCCCUUCGUGGGAGCGAUGUUGACACCGCUGUGGCCAGGCGGUGCUGCGAGGGGUGCACGGGAAGGACAGUGUG